AUGGCUUCCCGCAAGACCGUCAGCCGCCGGACCCGUCCCCAGCGCGCUACCAGCAAUGUGUUCGCCAUGUUCGAUCAGGCUCAAAUCCAAGAGUUCAAGGAGGCCUUCAACAUGAUCGACCAGAACCGAGACGGCUUCAUCGAUCAGGAGGACCUCCGCGAGAUGUUCGGGUCUCUCGGCAAGGAAGUCGACGACAAGUUCCUUGAUGACAUGAUCAGCCAGGCACCGGGAGCCAUCAACUUCACCAUGUUCUUGACGCUUUUCGGUGAGAAGUUGACCGGAACUGAUCCUGAAGAGGUCAUCAGAAAUGCAUUCCAAUGCUUUGAUGACGACAACUCGGGACAGAUCAACGAAGACCGGCUUCGUGAGCUUUUGACUACUAUGGGAGACCGUUAUACCCACGAACAGGUUGAUGACCUCUUCCGCGAUGCUCCGAUCAAGGGCGGUAACUUCAACUACAUCGAGUUCACCCGCAUGCUCAAGCACGGCACCAAGGACAACGAUGCC